UUUCCCUUUCCCCUCCCACGCUGUUAGGCUGAAAGACUAGCUAGAAGUGAACUGUUACUUUCGUUAAUAUUCUGAAAGCAGGCCCUUAAAGAUCAAGAAAUUAAAAAAAGUUGAGUUGCAAAAAUGCCAAAACCUGCAAAAUACAGCAGCCAAGCAAAUCAACCAGAAAAAUUUUGUCGGUAUAUUCAUCGCUUUUGCAACCAAACUCGAUUGGAUGGCUAUAAUUAUUGCAUACGCCACAUAUUGGAGGACAAAAGUGCACCAUUUAGGCAAUGUACAUACGUUCAUUCGGUAAAUAAAAAGAGAUGUACCAAUGCUGCCCCUAAAACUGACAAGAGUGAAAAACGUGAUGGCUCUUUGUGCCCAUGGCAUGCUAAACGUGCCCUGCAGAAAACUAAAUUUCUCUGUAGUAAAAAGAAAACUCGUGAAGGAACUGCUUCUUCUUUGCUUCGAGACUUAGAGCAUUAUUGUUCUAAUUCAAAGCAUGACCCAAAGUACAGCCGUGAUGUAGGACUGAAUGAAAAAUACGACAAUUCAAGUCCUAUUACAAGUGAUGCUAUGGAGGGAUCCUUGGGAUUUUUUGAUCGCUACUCAAAAGGAGAUGCUGCAAGCCCAUUUAAAGAUCCAAUCCAGAAUCUCAAAUUUGAUGGAUGUUUAACUGAAAAGCCAGGACCGGCUGAUCCUCUGGCGCAUUGUGGUGCAUAUACAUCUAAAGAAGUCUUACGAUUAACACUUCUGAAAGCUAAAACUUUACAAGCAUUGUAUAAUGACAGGCUUAACCAUACAUUUGAAGCAAUUCGAGAUGCAAGACUUGAGUAUUUGGCAGAAAGGAAGGCGAUGGAAGCACAAAAUUUGGAAGAUAGAUACGAAACCUGUGUAGAUGAAAAAAUUUUGGAUAAAGAUGAGGUGAAAGCCUUUAAGGCUCUUGAAAAGUAUCAUACUCCUCAAGGUACUGAAAGACUUCUGUGUCAUUUGGCUGAUAUGAAGUAUCAAAGAAUAAAGAAAAAGCAUGUCCAUGAAAAUAUAUGCAUUUUUGUAGAAAAUGGGAAGAAGUGUAAUAGAAAGAGGAUAUCUCUGUCUAAGUACUGCUUUAAUCACAUUUUGCAUGACCCAAAUCAAGUACUUUUCAAGCCAUGUGGUCUUGGGAAAAGUAAUGAUUGCAACAACCCUGUUCUUCCGAUUGAAGAUGAUGUGUCUUGUGAACAGCAUUUACAUUUAACUCUUUUGAAACCCAAUGAAAAAGAGGUUGCACAGAAUAUACCUCCAGCUGCUGCUGAUCCAGUUCAAGAGCAGGAGCAUUUUCAGUCAAUGGAUGAUAUUGCCUCUUUAGGUCUUGAUGUUGUAACACCAGGAUCUCUGUUUGGACUUGAUCAAUUUUUGAAAAAUGCUGCUCCAGACUGCUCCUUUUUUUAAAAUAUGCUGCUACAGCCUGCUAUGGGUUUAAAAAUUUGCUGCUGUACUAGUUGAUCCCAAAGUACAUUUUUCAAACUAUUCACUGACUGUUUUGAGGGAAAUAUUUUGCAGGUUGUUUUGCAGUAUGUCACAUUUUUUGAGUGAGUUAUUUGUUCAUCUUAAUAGUUACAAUGCCAAGACAAUAUUUAAACACGAAGUUAACAAUGGAAGAAGAACUAUUGCUUAUCAUUAUGUUCUACACAUCUUUAAAAUGCUGUGUUCAUCGAAAUUGUGUUUUCAAACUGUCCUAUGAUGUGACACACAUAGGACCAGGCAUAUGCUCAGGAACCUGGCUACUUGACUUUGUCACCUAAACUGAAUGUACUUACUAACACUUCAAGUACUAAAAGCAAUCUGUGUCCCUUGGAAGAUGUGCUUGCUAGUUACACCAUGGUUUCUGGUAUGUGCCUGAACAUAUCUCUACUAAUAAUAAUUGCAGGUUUUGAUUAGCCCAUAUAUCCUGAAUGAUCUCCUUUUGAUGUCUGAAAGAUAAGUCUAAGGACCUUAAGGCAUCAGAUUUUUCAAGGCAGUAUUUUUUGUGGAAGAUAUAAAUGUGUACAGAGUGUGAAAAAUGGUACCGUCUUACAGAAAGUAUCCCUUCAUAAGUUGGGUAUUGUUUACUCUUCUUUGAAGGUUAUCUUGGGAAGUUGAAACUAAGGUUCACCAGUAUGCCAUUUCAUGUGCUCCAGCAAUCUUUUCCACCAAAUUAAAGAAUGAUGUAAAUGACAAGUAUUCAAGGUUUAUCAGUUGCUGUAUAAUUGGUGCCAUGAACUGUUUGAUUUUUGCAUGUUCAGCUACUUUUUCGCACAUCACCGAAAAGUAUCCAGUUUCCUGAGACCGAAACAGUUGCUAAGAGCAUCAUUUGGGUACAGUGACACCUUUAUUGGGGGGACUGGGUUUCUCUUUUCUAACUCAGAAAUAUACAUGUUUUUAUAGCUUUUUCAUUAGUUUUUGGAUUCAUCUUCCAGUCUAUAUCACUGUGAAUAUCAAAUUUAAGUUACUAAACCCAUUAUGUGGCAAUAACAGAAUUGGCAAGCAAGUUUCCUUUUGUAAUAAAUAUUCUUUCCUUCACUGUAUGAAUCUUUUCCAUUAUACCUGGAAUUGAUUAUGCGGCAUAUAGAAAUGAUAUAGUCUUCAAAAGUACAUGCAUUCGACUCAUGAUUCAAGUGUAGUCCAAUUUUACAUUCUAUAGCAAUGCUAAAGUUAUAACUAGUUAAGUCAAAUAUUCUGCUAAAAUACCCAAUAUAUAGCCUCACCCCUCCAUUCUUAUUUGGGAACAUCUACAUUAGGUUGCACAUAUCUUUUCGCUAAUGAGUUUUUUUCUGCUGCAUACUCAAAAAUUUAAUCUCUACUUUGUCAUUAAGGAAAUAAGUAAUUUUAUUUGGAUUUUUUCUCUGGUUGUAAAAAUUUAUGGAAAAUGGGUAUGGUUGAAAAAUUUUUUUAUAGUUAUAAUGCAGCAUUGAAAAAUAAUAAAUGAAUGUCGAGGAAGAUGUUGUUUCUGUGUUAAUCAAAUAUAGUAGUUGGCACUUGGAUUUAGCAACCCUAAACUCUGUAAAUCAGUGGUCUCGUACUUGAAAUGCAUGUGGGCCAGAUGCAUGAUCUGAAAGCAACUGGAUAAUCCAGAACAUUUUCUGACAAAAUAAAAUUUAAAAAAAUUAAAAGAAAAAAAUGUUAAGUUUCCUCUACUGAUGAUUCAUCAAAACAUAAUAAACAGCAAUAAUAACAUAAAGGAAAAAGUUCAGAUUUAUAUUUAUUUUCUAUCGGAAAUCUCUUAAGUUUGUCCAUGCAAGAAACAUCAAUUUGUUGUAUACUUUGUAAUUCAAAUGUAAUCAGAACUAUAUAUUAAACAUUUAUUAUAGGUAAUUUCGGUAUUUUGAAUCAAUCAUUAAAUAACUUGCUUUCUAACCUUAACUGGAAGAUUGGAAAUUUCAGAAUCCUAAAGUUCCACCAGGAAUUAGCUGCCAAAUUAAAUUUACCAGUGCAGGAAAUUUUCCCACUUUAUCCUAGUCAUGUGGCCUGGCAUACAAGCAUACGUUGACAAAGCCCCAACCUAUUCAUUCUGUUUUUCUUUCAGUAGCAGUCUUAUAUUUAAACUUAUUCCAUAUCUUAAUACCUUUAAAACUAUAAACAGUAUAUUUGCAGCUAAUACAUAAUUGAUAUAUAGAUUCACAGACCACAUGAAAUUGCUUUGGGGCCACAUGCAGCCUGUAGACAAUGAGUUCGAGACUAUUGCUGUAAAUGAUUUAGAAAUUCAUAAUUCUUUUAAUAUUUGCUUUGGUUACCGAAAUUUGUGCCUAGGGCAUGCAUAUUAUACCAUACUGACAAGUUUUGAGAUAAUGCAUUUAGGCUCACAGAGAGUCAGAUUUGCUUAAUGGAUGCAGCAGGUAUCUGCAGUUUAUGAGUAUUGGUAAUUAACAUAAUGUGCUAGGAGGGAAAUCAGGAAAAUUGGUUUAGAUCAAAUGAAGUAAAUUGAUGAAUGUAUGAAUUGCAUGUAUGAAGUAUUAUAACUGACUUUAUGACAACUCAAAGAGACAGCUGGUUCAAGAAUGAGCAGUCUAAGAGUCCAUAAUGAUUUCAUGGGAACAGAAUAUCACCUUUAAUUACUAUGAUAUUAUCAACAUACCUACUGGAAGAAUGAAUUUUGUAGUAUAAUAAUCAUCAGCAAUAUUUGAAUGCCUCUUGGCAUAGUAAAUGAUUCUUUCGGCGUCUGUUGAAUUUAAGUUAAUUAUCAAUUUUCAUUGUGAAUGAGGUGGCCCCUGCACAAAGCCAUAUUGGUCUAUUUUGUGUAGGAAAUUAAGAUUUAUGUUGAAGUCAAUUAUUCCAGGUAGUUUAUGAGUACUGCAUAUGUUAAAACCAAUUUAGGCUCAUAUUACUGUUUUUCUGCAUUUAAAUACAUUAUUUCUUAUAAAGAAUACCUUCUUGUUGUACUGAGCAAUAUGUUGUGCACAAUAUCCAAGCAAUUUAUCGGCUGGAUUGCCUUGCAUAUUUGGCAAAUCUUAAGAAGUUAGAACAUGUAUGAAACUAGAUAGAGAUAUUUUCUAAGCAUAGCUUCAUGCAAGAACUGUAAUUGGAUUGCAUCUAAAAAGUGAGACAACAAAAAAUAACGUUUAAUUGAACAAUAAUUAAAACUUUUAGAAACAUGCCCCCCCCCCCCCCCCCCCCCCCCGUGAAACAAAAUGUGUCAAAAUGUGUAGCAGCUCGGGUUGAUUUACAUGUGUCAGAAAAUUGUACUGAUUUAACUUAUUAUGUAUUUAUUGAAUAAAAAUACCCACUUGAAUU